AUUUUCUUAGGCAUAAGACACUCCAAAGAAAGAAAGAGAAGGAGGCAUAGCAGUGAAGUAAAGAAGAAAAAGUCUAAAAGUAGCAAGACUAAGAUAUUAAGAGAGAAAGUUAAAGAAAAAAUUACAGAUGAAGAUUAUUUUAUAAGAAGCACAGAGUUUAGGAUGUGGCUCUCAGAAGAGAGGAGCAUAUUCUUUAGUGAUUUGGAUUCAGCCCAGUCGCGAAAGCUUUUCAGAAAGUUUGUUAGAAGAUGGAACAGUGGAAAGCUAAAAAAAAAAUAUUACUCUGGAAUACAAAGUUCUUCACUUAGACAUUCAUCACAAACAGAUUAUAAAUGGAAAGUAUCUUCUGAAGAUAAGGAUAAGCUCACUAGUGUAUGUGAUCAAGUUUCUUCAUGGACGUCUGCUAGUUCCUUUAAGCAUGAGCAAGAACCCAGCUCAUCAGUCAUUGGCCCACGAGUUAUUGGACCAGUAAUGAAACCUGCUAAAAGGGAUCCUUACAAAGAAGAGGAAGAAUUUGAGAGACAGAGGGAACACUUGAAAAAGGAACGGAAAGAAUAUAGGAAAUAUAAUGAAAUGGUGAUGGAUGAAAUUUUACCUAAAGCUACAGGUUUUGCUGCAAAGAUAGAAAAGAAAAGAGCCAGAGUUGAAGCAAGACGAGAAAGAGAGAUCAGUCCUGACUUCAAUGAGUCUACAUUAAUGGGAGGUGCAACAAGUGACAUCAAAGCCAAACUUAUGACAGAGCAAAAGCAAAGAGAACAUAGAGCACAAGCUGCUAGUCAAAAGAUUAUUGAUUACCAAGCAAAGGAAAAAGCAAGAGUAGCUGCAAUAUUAGAGCAGGCUAGAGCAAACAAGAAGGAAGGUUCAUUAUGGUGAAUGAGCUAAUUUAAUAAUGAUAUAUCAAUGAGACCACAAGAAUUUCAUAUUAUAAUUAAGUGAAGCAUACAGUCAGCAAAUUUUGGCCCUGGAUUGCAUUAAAAAAAUUUAAAUGGACAUGAUUAUGUUAUUAAUUGUACUAAGAAAUUUAAGGUAUUUACAAAAAAUAAUUAUUGUAAUUUAUAAAGAAAUAAAAUUUGUCAUGAUUGUAUUGAAGGAAAACAACCUAAAGGUCUAGAAUGACACCAGAGCUU